AUGGCCAACGAAGACACUCAAGCCACUGCGGCAGAAGAAGCCACUGGCUCUGAAAUAGAGCGCAAGGAGAGCGCCCUGAGAUCGUCGAUUGCGAAAUACGGUUCAAACAGUUACUACUACGCCCAUGCGCCCUUGCCAGCGGCAGGAGAGGAUGCAAAGAAAAUUGAGGGCCCCGGAAUAGUCACAGGGGGCUCCCCUACGCUGUUGGCUUCGGGGCGGGCAGAGCCGCAGCCGCUGCCAAAUGCAGCAGAAGCUGCUGCUGCUGCUGUUGCAGGCAGGAGGCUGGGGGGUGCCCUAUCGCUCACUAGGUACACCUGGGGAGACAGCACAAAGACUGUCAAGGUGUACAUACACCUGGACGCAAUACGCCCAGGGGAAGAAGCUGAUGGCCCUUUUAGUCCAGACAAGGUGGCGGCAGAAUUCGACAAAAACAAGUUUGCUGUAGCCUUAGAACGCCCAUCUGGUUUGUACAUUUUGGCAAUAAUGAAGACAUACGGGUCACUCGUGCCGAGCGAGUCGUCCAUAACUGUAAAUGAAAACAGAAUAUGUAUUUCUCUCAAGAAGGAGGAGGAGGGGCUUACGUGGUUUAACCUUAGCACGGACUGA